UUACCUGUUACAUGACUGCAUCGAUUUCACCUGCAACAGGAAAAUCACUGGGAUCCCACCAUGGAUGUAGCCGACAUGCUCAUAGAUAAAAUCUUCAAGUGGGUGGAGCUGCAGAAAAAAGGUGCAGAGAAGUUUGACAAACUGGCCACUGAGCUGGAGGAAACCAAGAAAGGUUGCAACGUCAGCAAAGUUGUAGGCAGCUCAGUGUCUGUAGGAGGAGCGGCGGCCAUGACAGUUUCUGGUAUAUCAGCCCUGGUCACUGGAGGAGCUGCGAUCCCGUUCCUGUUCACAGCUGGAGCCGUGGCCUCUGGCCUCGGUCUGACCACUAAUGUGGCCUCAGACGUUGUGGACAUCACUGUGGCGAGCCUAAACAUGAACGAAGCCAAAGAGAUCGGUGAGAAGAUCGAGAAUCUCGAAAAGGGGAUUGAGAAACUGAUGGGAACGCUGAAGGAGGAAGGAGAGCGCAGGGAAAAAGAGGCUUCGUCCUUUAAGAAACUUUCUCCAGAAGAUUAUGUUGUAGAAAGGAUCGUGAGGGCCAUGGCCAAACGAGAGGGGCUGAUCCUGAACGACAGGAUGAGUCUGCAGAGCAUGAUGUCUGGUUUCUCCAAAACACUGAUCAGUGAUAAGGGCGCAGAUUUAGCUCUUCUUGGGAUUUCUUUAGCUUCCAAGUUUGCGAUGAUUGCAGCGAGAAAGUCUGGGAAGAGUUUGGUGUCGAAUGGACUUCCAGAGCUGGCAGCGUCCAUGGGAGCAAAAGCUGCAGGCAAAGCAGUCGGACGGGUUGGAGCAGGAGUGGUUGGAUUGGCGUUUUCAGUUCCUGAGCUGGUGAUCAACUGUAUCGAUGUGAAUAACUGUAAGACUGAAGCCAGUCAGAGUCUGAGGAAGAACGCUAAGGACAUACGGAUCGCUUCUGACCAGAUGGAAACCGACCUGAAAAACAUUCAAUCGAUCUUCCGAAGGUUAGCCAAGGUUAAACGCUCCAUUGAAACCAAAAACAAGAGCAGUGACGACUGUCAAACUCUGCUGAAGUUUGCACAGGAUACCUGCAAAGAUGAAUCCGUUAGGAAGUGGCUCAGGGAAAAAGCACAGUCCAAGAUCUUCUCCAAGCUGGUGGACAUGUUCCAGUUCCUGAAGGAAAAGCUUGAUGAGGAAGAGAAGAAGAACCACAGCAACGAAGUUGACAUUACCUUUGUGGCUCAUGGAGCGAUAACUGACUCCAUGAUGCCAGCCAGCUGCCUGCUGCCUCUGCCCACCGUCUCCGACGUUGUCCUAUACUCGCCCUGGAACUGCUACCUUGAAGCUACCGCAGCGUACGGUAUCGCCACAGGGAAGAUUCAACCUGUCCACAGAGAGUUUCACUGUACACCUGGUUGUGGCUGCAAGGUUCCAGAUGACGGGCAUCGGCCCAAACGUCUCCCUGAUGGAUGGAACUCCAUGAAGAAAGCUGGAAAUCAAGAGAUUCCCAACAUCAUCGUGUCUCCUUUAAAAUCACCUGAAGAUGGAGUCUGGAAGAAAUUUGAGAUGCUAGAAAGCAGACAUGGCAACCCUGGAAGAAACCAUAUCCUCAUCCCAUUGAUCCUCCCAUCGACUGGUCCAAAUGAAACUAUCCCUCUCCCUGUUGUCACCUUGGCUCUGUCGCUGGUGCUCAUGUUCUCCAGGUUUCAGGCCACGCUCCACCUCACCGUCUGUCUGGGGAAACGAUCUGUGGAAAUGAAACUGGAUGAAGAAGCUCUGAAGCAGCAGUACGCCUGCACCAUCAACUUCACAGUAAUGACCUCAGCUGAGGAGAUGUUGGCCUCCAAUUUCACAAACUGGCUCCGCAAAGCUUUCAAAGCCGCUUUCAGGGACAAAAUGAGAGAAGUUUCACAAAGAACAAGGAUCUCCAAAGAAAAGAACCAACAGCCUGCAGAGAGAAACUGUUUAAAUCAAACUGGUUAUAUAUUUAUUUCUUUUGUUAUUUUAAUUUAUUUUUUAUUUUAUUUUUCAGUGUUCAGAUAUUGACAUCAACAUUUCUUGUGGCAAAUCUCACAGACAAAAUAUUAGGUUCUGCUUAACCAAAGCUAUGACAAAUAAUCAGGUUAUAUUUUCAAGUCUAUGUGGCUUUAGGGUCAUUUCCUUCUGCCCCUAUUUAUCUCUGUAAAUAGGUUUUGGGCCCCUCCAUUGUGAUAAACAUAUUUGUUCCCAUUCUUCAUCAGUUAUGACAAGACCCGCUUCCUUUUCCCAUUUAUCUUUUAUAUACUGUGUGGAGUGGGUAUUAAAGUUUCAUAUGAUCUUAUAUAUUUUCAAAAUUAUCAGUCUUGACAGUUUUAUAUGAUUUUAUUGUUAGUUCAAUGGGUUGUAUUGAUCUGUGUUUUGUUUGAUUUCCUGGUUGUAAUUAUUUCUUAUUUGUAGAUAUCUCUAAAGAUCUUUUUCCAAAUUACAACCUUCUUGUGGUUUGUUGAAGCUUUCCAUUUUAUUUUCUUUCACAGUCUGAAAAUUGAACUUUAUACUUUCUGUCAUUCAAGUUUUGAAUCUGGAGUCGAUGCUGUUUGGUAGAAAACUUUUAUUAUAUGCUAACCAGUUUAAAACCUUGAUUUCUUUACUUUUGUUUAUUUUUACAACUUCUCUCCAUGUUGUUAGUAUUGAUUUAACCCAUUUAUUUACCAGUUCGUCUUCAAAUCAAGCUGUUUAGUGUCUGCCGUUAGUAAUGGGACAUCUGAGAUCUUCCACUUUGCUUCAUGCUCUUUAUAGGAAGUUCAAAUUUGAGCGGAGAGGAAAUAGUUUUUGAGCCCUGAGGCCCCAUCCUCCUCCUUUCAUAACUGUAAUGUUUUAUAAUACGAGGUUUUCCAUAUAAAUCUGGAUAUUGCUUUGUCCCAUUCUAUAAAACGAUGGCUUGGAAUGGAAAUUGGUAAAGUUUAAAAAAGAUAGAGGGAUUUUGAUGUCACAUUCAUCUUUAUGGUUUCUAUUCUUGCUGUUAAGUUUAAAUGGGGAAUGAGAUUCUAUGUUUCCAGGUUUUUAACGACUGAAUAAAGGUGACUAUAAUUGUUAUCCAUAAUUUUAGUAACAUUUUGAUGAAGUAUUACUCCCAGAUAUCUGAGGGAUUGUGUGUUUCAUCUAGGAGUUUUUUGUUUUUUUUAUCUUUGGGUGGGCACCAAUAAGAAGUAGUUUCUGUUUUUUCAGUAUUUAAUUUGUAGCCAGAUAUAGAGCCAGUUGUUUCUAGACUGUGCAUCAGUUCUGGUUCAAUCAGCCCAAUCUCUGAUGUCAGAAGGUCAACAGACUCUCAUGUGAUGCUGUGUUGAUUCUUAGUAGACAACUGUUUGUGAUUUGCUAAUAGCUUACAAACCACUCACAUUUGGGAAAGGAAGGGACUUUGUGCCACUAUUUAUAUGAAGUAAUUCCUGUCAAUAAAUGAGAAAUUUUGCAUU